GUCAGCCGUAUAGCACACUCUAGAAAGGUACCUCCGUACCUCCCUCGUAGAAACAGUCCUACGUUUAGAGUUUAUGAAUUUAAUUUCUUUAGCAUGAAACACAUAAACAAGGUUGAUAUUUCACUCUUCCUCACAGUAGUGCACGUAUGUCUGGCCCAGGCAGACUAUGCACCCUAUUUUUUCGAUAAUGGGCCUAAUACUAAGAAUGGGAAUAUGGCAUUAUUCAGCCUUUCAGAAGACACAGAAAUUGGCAUGCAAGUAUAUAUUCUAAAUGGAACUGAUCCAGAAGGAGAUCCAGUGACUUUUGGCAUAGCUUUUGAACCAGGGUUCAAAAAUUACUUUAAAGUGGAUUCUCAGACUGGAAUUGUAACUUUAACAGAAGAACUCGACAGAGAAAAGCUGGAUGAAGUGGAAGCUCUCGUCAGUAUUUCGGAUGGUCUGAAUAAGGUGGUUGAAAAAGUAAGAAUAUUAGUGACAGAUGCCAAUGAUGAAAGACCAGAGUUUCACAACAUGCCCUUUAUUGUCAAUGUCCCUGAGGAUACUCCGUCAGGAAGAAGUAUAUUUCAGACUCAGGCAGUGGAUCGAGACAACGGUUCUGGAGGAAGUGUCACAUAUUAUCUACAGAAUACCCAUAAUACCAAAUUUGCCAUUGACAGACACAGUGGAGUGCUUCGCAUUAAACCAGGAGCAGCACUAGAUUAUGAAAAAUCAAGAAUGCAUUUUGUUACAGUAGUAGCCAAGGAUGGUGGUGGAAAAUUCAAGGGAAAAUAUCAGGUGCUGUCUUCUUCAGCUACUGUAACAAUCAAUGUGGUAGAUGUUCAGGACACUCCACCUUCCUUUGUUGGCUUGCCUUAUUAUGGAUAUGUAUACGAGGACACAUUAUCAGGAUCAGAAGUCUUUACAGUAGUAGCCAAUGAUGGAGACCUUGGAAACCCUAAUGCUAUCCAUUAUUCUAUCGUCAGUGGAAGUGAUGGUUCAUUCAUUAUAAAUAACACAAGUGGAUCAAUAAUGGUUCUUGAUUAUCCGAACCAUCUUAAGAAGGUGUUAUAUGAACUUAAAAUCCAGGCUUCAGAAGUAAGCCCAGAAGGCGAUGUGGUUGCGCAUGCAUUUUCAAUCGUAACUAUUCGAGUUGUGGACUUGAACAACCACCCUCCAACAUUCUAUGGCGAAAAUGGUCCUCAGAGCAAGUUUGAACUUACCAUGUAUGAACAUCCACCUGAGGGAGAGAUACUGAGGGGGUUAAAAAUAACCGUCAAUGACUCUGAUCAGGGAGCCAAUGCUAAAUUCAGCCUCAGGCUGGUGGGUCCACGGGGCAUCUUCAGAGUUGUCCCACAAACAGUACUGAAUGAAGCACAAGUCACAAUAAUAGUGGAAAAUUCUGAAGCUAUAGACUAUGAAAAGUACCAGUUCUUAUCCUUCAAGCUUCUUGCUGUUGAAAUCGAUACUCCUGAAAAAUUCAGUUCGACUGCUGAUAUUGUUAUCCAUCUGCUGGACACAAAUGACAACAUUCCCCGGUUCUCUACUGAUUAUUACAUUGCCAGAAUCCCGGAAAACUCACCUGGUGGCUCCAAUGUGGUCUCUGUAACAGCUACAGAUCCUGAUUCUGGGCUGUGGGGCGAGGUCAAAUAUUCCAUCUACGGUUCUGGAUCGGAUCUGUUUCUUAUUCAUUCAUCAACAGGAAUCAUCUAUUCACAACCAUGGGCAACACUAGAUGCAGAGCUGAAAUCCAAGUACAAUUUUUAUGUGAAGGCAGAAGAUACAGAAGGGAAAUAUAGCUUGGCUGAGGUCUUUGUAACAGUUCUGGACAUGAAUGACCACUCUCCUGAGUUUAACGAAAACAUUCUUCAGAAGACUAUGAUUAUCGGGGCACCAGUGCAAGUAGAGGCAAUAGAUGACGAUGCAGAGGAGCCUAACAAUGUCGUUGAAUACUCCAUAAUGCAAUCAGAUCCAGAUAAUAUUUUUGACAUAAACAUAGACACCGGAGAGAUCAAGCUGAAAUCUUACAUCAAGUCAAUGGACAUUGUUCAGAACAUUACAAAGCAAAAGGAUUGCAAGUGGUCAGUGGUGGUCCAGGCUAAAGACAGAGGCUCACCAUCCUUCAGCACCACUGCUGUGGUGAAGAUUGACAUCACAGAGGCGACUCAGCUCAAGGGGCCUAUGGCAGUCUUUUUAUUUCAAAGUAGGGAUAAUCCCAUGAAAGCCCUAGGCGUGCUCGCUGGUGUCAUUUGCGUUAUGGUACUCAUAACAGUCUUGAUCUCCACUGCAAUGUUCAUGCGCAACAAAAAAAACAACAGGAUCAUGCCUGCCCGGCACAUCAUUAAAAAGAGGCCCAAAGACUAUCGCUCGAGGACGGUCAGGACCGGGUGGUUAAAAUUCAGACGCUCCAACAGCCCUUCCGAGAAGUUUGUCGCUGAGGAUCCGGAGCAGAACGUGGAGAAUCUGAACUGCAACAACAACAUGCAGCCGACAGCGCCGCUCCCUUGUGCCCCUGCCUUGCCCCCACCGCCCAUAAAUCUGCCCAAACAAAACAAGCCAGAGUGGAGCGUCCCUACAGUGUCAGGGUCUGUGGCAUCCAAAUCCAAGAGGCAGUCAAGUGAAAACAACAGCCCCAGCGUCAGCUCUGCACUGGUGUCCGAGCUCAAGAUGAAGCUGGAAAGAAAGAUGAUGGAGAGCAACAGUUCUCGCUAUUAAUCAUAAUAAUGUGUUUCUUUAAAAUGCUGCACAUGGUGCACUUCAUGUGAGUCAGUGUUCAAGUGUGAAGAUUGCUGAUGUUGAUAAAUGCUUCCUUGAAAGGAACUAAAAUACAAUAGAACUUAUUAUAAGAUAUUUCGUAUUUAUUUAUUUCAAAGGCGUUGGCUCUAUUUCCUUAUUAAGAUUAACUAGCCUUAUGUUAACACAACACCUUUUCCUGGGAGACUGAUGAGUUUGCUUAAAUUUCAGAAGAGGAAACUAUUGUUUUUUUAGUGGUUUAUAUGUAACACAAUUUUUGUUCCUGGGUAGUAAGUGUUAUUUCCUAAUUGCUUAUGCCUCAAAAGUAUAGAAAAUGGCUAUUAUUCCCCACAAACUUUGCUUUUGUGACCAGGACAGUGAUAUUUUGAAAUUGACCUAUUUCCAAUGAGAAAACGGGCGAAUUUGUGUCUUUUCGUUCACAUAAAGUCAGAAAAAAACAACAUAUGAAUCCAAAUUAACAUGUAUUUAUACUAAAGUAAUACAAAAAUGACUACAAAAGAUUUAGAAGUGAGUAGUUUUCCGAGAUUUACGAUUAUACUGUAAAUCACUUUCACGAAUCAGCCCCUAAAUGUAGUCUCCCAUCAUGUUCUCGUUAUACUGUCCUUGGUAGCGGAGUUCAAAGUCCAGUAUAUCCUGGUGGAAGCGCCCGCCUUGCUCCUCCAAGUACGCUCCCAUGUUCUCCUUGAAUUUACCAAGAUGAGCAUCAAGGAUAUGGACUUUGAGGGACAUCCUACAGCCCAUUGUGCCGUAGUUCUCACCAGAGUCUCAACCAGGUCCACAUAGUUUUCGGCCUUGUGAUUGCCCAGGAAGCCCCGAACCACUGCGACAAAGCUGUUCCAAGCCACUUUCUCUUUACUAGUGAGCUUCUUGGGGAAUUCAUUGCACUCCAGGAUCUUCUUUAUCUGUGGUCCGAUGAAGACACCGGCUUUGACCUUUGCCUCAGACAGCUUAGGGAAGAAGUCUUGAAGGUACUUGAAUGCUGCCGACUCCUUAUCUAGAGCUCUGACAAAUUGUUUCAUAAGGCCCAAUUUGAUGUGCAGUGGUGGCAUCAGCACCUUCCGGGGGUCCACCAGUGGCUCCCACUUGACAUUGUUCCUCCCCACACAGAACUCGGUCCGCUGUGGCCAGUCCCGCCUGUGGUAGUGCGCCUUGGUGUCCCUGCUGUCCCAAAGGCAAAGAUAGCAGGGAAACUUGGUAAAACCGCCUUGGAGACCCAUCAGGAAUGCCACCAUUUUGAAGUUUCCUAUGACCUCCCAGCCGUACUCAUCAUACUUCAAGGCGUCCAGCAAGGUCUUGAUGCUGUUGUAAUCCUCUUUGAGGUGCACCGAGUGAGCCAGGGGAAGAGACGGGUACUUGUUACCAUUAUGGAGCAGCACGGCUUUGAGGCUCCUGGAUGAGCUGUCAAUGAAGAGGCGCCACUCAUUCUGGUUACAGGCGAUUCCGAUUGCCUCGAACAGACUGAUCACAUUGUGGCAGAAGCAGAGCCCAUCUUGACAGGUGAAGAAGCUGGAAAAAGGUUGGUGACGCUUCCUCUGAUCUGCGACUUGCACACUUUCAUCCAACAAGUUCCACUGCUUGAGCCUAGAAGUCAAAAGCUCAGCAUUGGACUUGGUGAGACCAAGAUCUCUAAUCAAGUCGUUGAGGUCUUUUUGGUUGGGGUAGUAUGGGUUUCUCUACUCAGCUCCACCUCUGAAAUUGUCAUCUGGAUCUACAACGUCUUCCUCGCUCUCUGACUUGCUGCUCUCUUCUAAAGACGGCUGCUCUCUCUCUGGAGGAGUGGGUACGGGGAGCUCAUGGCAGUGUGGCACCGGGGGGAUGGAUGAAGGAAGGUCCGGAUACGUGAUAGCAGGUGCAUUCUUGCCAGUCCGACGUUUGGAAGGGUCCACCAUGCAGAAGUAGCAGUUGCUUGAGUGGUCAGUGGGUUCCCGCCAAAUUCUUGGGAUAGCGAACUUCAUGGCUCUCUUUUCCCCUCUGUACCAUCCUACAAAAAUACAUUUAUUUCACCCAUGACUAAUGUGUAAGAGAUUCUCACAACAUUUUGCAUAUAUGAUAUAUUUUUUCAAUAACAUUGAAAAUUGUAAAACAUUUUAAAAUUAAAAACUUUUACAAUUUUAAAAAUUUUAACAAAUUUUAUAACAUAAAAUUCCGAGCAACAAUUGUCCAUCUUACCUUCCAGAGUUUUUUUGCAGUGCUCGCAGGUGAAAUGAGGUGCCCAGGGUUUGUCUUGAUCCCCGACAGGCAUGCAGAAAUAUGCCUUGUAGGCCUCACACAUCUUAGCAGAUGCUUCCACGGAGUACUUUUUCGCUCUUGUCUUGAUAAAUUGGCCGCAGACAUAGCAAAAUGCGUCUGCCGGAUGCUUGCAGCCUCUUUAUGCCAUCUCAGAAAAAUGCAGAUAUGUAUCCACUUAGGCAGCUGGAACUAAACUGAACUGGUGGGCUUAAGGCCCCUGUAUUUAUACUACUAUUUAUAUUACUGGAAAGUUCUAGAAAGUUCUAGAAGUUACUCCAAGUUUACUCAGCACUGAAUCUAUCUGGAAUGUUCUGGAAAAAUAGGUACAUUUCAAAAUAUCACUGUCCUGGUCACAAAAGCAAAGUUUGUGGGGAAUAAUAGCCAUUUUCUAUACUUUUGAGGCAUAAGCAAUUAGGAAAUAACACUUACUACCCAGGAACCAAAAAAAAAUAAAUAAAUUGUUACACGGUGUAAUUAUUAUUACAUUUCUUAGCAGGUGCCCUUCUCCAGGGCAACUUACAAUUAUUACAGGAUAUCACAUUAUUUUUGCAUACAAUUACCCAUUUAUACAGCUGGGUUUUUACUGGAGCAAUCUAGGUAAAGUACCUUGCUCAAGCAGUUUAUUUUUAAUGUAAGAUCUUUAGGAGGAAUGGCAUAAAUAAGCAUUUAACUGAUAUGCAAAUACCCAUUUAUUGAAGUUAAUUUGCAUGUCAAUAAAAAAGUAAAUAAUAAUAAUAAUAAUAAUAAUAAUAAUAAUAAUAAUAAUAAUAAUAAUAAUAAUAUGCUGUAGGGGUGCUUGUAUUUACACACUAUUAGACUGCUAUUGAAUUUUUGUGCUCAUAUUCCAUAUGUAUAUUAAUUAAAAUGUAUAUUGGUAGUUUCCUGGUCCAACAAAUAUUUAAGACAGAUAAAGCUAUGUUUGUUAGGUUUUAGAAUAUUACUGAUACCUGUGUAAUUUGAUUAUAUUCCCCUAUUACUCGUGUAUUAACAUGUAACUGAACUUUAUAAUACAUAGAUAAUGACGUAUUGUUUUGCCAGCAAAAUGAAGCAUUACCGAGAUGGGUGUUAUGUUAUCCAGCUCAGUGCUUGAGUUUUUUGUAUGUUUUUGAAAUACAUAUUGCCAAGCUUACAUUUUCCUUUACACAGGGGAUGUUUCUGUUGCUUUACUUUAGCUUGGAUUGUAGUCAUUUUAAUGGCAUCCAGUUUAAACCCAAUGUCUAAAACAAAUAUUUAAACCAGAGUAGAAAACAUGAAUUCUUGUAAAGAUUGCAAGGUUUAAUCAUGUAAUAGCCCGGCUGUGUGACUCAGUGUAGCUUUACACAACAGUGCCAUCUUGUGGAUCAAACAGGAAUAUUAACAUGCUGUAGGUAAGAAUAUAUUGGAAAGUGGAAGAGACAUGUGAAACAAUGAUGUUUCAAAUAACAUAAACAGCAAAUUAAUUAAAUACAGAGUCUAUCUAAAUAUCUGGGUAAUUUUGCUAUAGUUAAUGAUUUAAAAAGUUUAUUUUCCUACAAAGAAAAUUGCUGUCCUAUGAGGUACCAUAUCAAUCUUGAUUUAUGAUAAACUAAAUCAAUAAAGAACACCAUAUUAUUAAUCAUAUAUAUUAUUUUUUUUGUAUAAAAAUGACAUGUUUCUACUCAUAUUCAAAUAUACCACCUCUAAUGACCAUAGGUUCAAUGGUGAACCUUGAACCAAAUUAGUGUGGUCUGUAGCAAAAUUUAAAAAAACAAUCAGAUUAUGAGAAGGCAGGUAAUGCUAUUCCUGCUAUUUCAUAAAGUGUAUUCUGUAAGGUAACAGUGAAAUACUCAUCAUCACACAGAAAAAAUAAGAUUUUAUUAUAAGUAAUAAAAACAGUUAAACAAAGUGAUAACAAAGCAACAUCAGAUAUCCUGUAGCCUUGUUGCUGUUUUAUCAGUCCUUCACAGCUUCUUUAUAUUUUAUGCCAAUUCUGUGCAUUAAUAUUAUCGUAUGUAAAAGUGGUUCGAAUUGUUAAAUUAUUAGUCUUAAACAAUUCCAAAUUAACCAAGCAUUUUAUCUAGUGGAAAGCUUUAGAGUAAGUAAAAUAAACGAUUUAAACGUAUUAUAACCAACGCUUUAAAAGGAAAGUUUUAAUCCUAUUAGCAGUAGCAACAUUAUAGGCAUUUUGUAUUUUGUUUUUUGAUCGGUGUUGGUUUGUUGCUUCUUACCAAACUUGUAGUAAAACAAUCUUUAUAUAAGUAUACAUAUAAGUAUACAUGCUUAUACAUAAAACAUAGUUGUACUAAUUCUGUACAAGUAACAUUACCAGUUUGAUUUUAAUUGUCAAAAAAAAAAAAAAAAUCUGUAAUGUUUAAUAAUGCUUUUGGAACAAUAAGUGAUGUUUGUACAGUGUUUUUAUUGGUUGGCAUCCAAUUUCCUCAUCUUUCCUGAUUGAAAAAGGGCCCAGCUGUCCCAGAGAAUAUGGCAGGAUAGUACUGAAAGUCUUAGGGAUGUUGUACCUCAUGUUACUGGUGAUUAAUGUGAAGUCUUCUAAGAGAGUAGAGCCAUGGAAUUAACUCUAUAUAAUGUUGUUUUCAGUCCAUUAUUAUUAUUAUUAUUAUUAUUAUUAUUAUUAAUUUAUUACUGUAAUAUUCCCCAAAUGUUGGUUCCUAUCUUUUCCAGAGCUACCUUACUAGUCAGAAUCCAAUUUAGGGGGCCAAAAACCUAAAUAAACAAAUAGAAUGCAACUUGAAAGGAACAUUUAGCACUUAAGUCAGUAACUGUAAGGAGCCGUGUGGUGAUCUCAGGAUUGCCCUGCAACAACUAUAGAUUGAAAUCAGUGAAGGGAUCUCAAGAUUGCAAUAAAUAUGGUCAUUUUAUUGUUUAAAACAUUUAAGUAGACUAAUAUGUAUAUUAUUUUUAUUUUUUCAAAUCUGAAUUCUGAGACAUUUACAUGUGCAUUACUUGCUGAAUGUACAUCCGUUUUGCCACAGUAUGCAUAUUACUUCCUAUAUACUGUAAUCUUAACGAUACAAUUCUAGCAACAUGUCCAAUAUCUUUAGCACAUUACCUUCCUUUUGUUUUAAUAUUUAUAUGUGUAUACAUUUUUUUAAACUUGGAAAUAGCUGCAUGCCCAUUUAUCACUGUUUACUAUAUGUGGCAUUAUUGUUAACAAUUGUAUACAUAGUGAAAAUAAUGUGUUUAUAUCAUAAGGAGUCUCAAUUGCCAUUUAAAACUACAGACUGUAAAAUGGAGUACUGCAUAUUCAAUCAAAAAACAAAAUGAAAAAAAGGUGGUAACCAGCUUAACAUUGAUGUGUAUCUUUCAGUGUUGUGUUUAUUUAUAUUAUUGUUUUGAUAAAUAAAAUAUAUGAUUAUAACGGAA